AUGUUACGACAACUACCCGGUGUGGCUGUGUCACCUGAGAAGGCGUUUGAGACGCGAAAUAAGAUCAUGCGCAAGGCCCUAGUGGACCCUGAGAUUGAUAACACAGACAAACUGGUGAUAAGAGUCAAUCAACAAAUUGAUAAAGGACUAAUCACGCACGAGUUAUCAACUAACAUUAUUACGAGCUGUGUAAUGUACGGCAAGGAAGGCACGAUGCGGCGUAUCGAAUCGGGUACAAUACUGAAGCCCAUUAACGUAAACCUCAGUUCACGAAAGAAACCCGAACCGCAAAUCGAAGCCACACACAACCCACGUCUAACUACAACUCGAAUGCGUCAAAGAAGAAGAACCAACAACCGAAUCAGAACCAGAUCGACGGGCCAGCUAUUCCAGGCCGACGGAAACUACGAAGAACUGGACCCAAGGGACUAA